AUGUCCCAUCAAGGUGGUCCCAGUAAAGGCGGUGUCAUAGCUGGUACUGUGAUAGCCGUGUUACUGGUUCUGGUGAUACUUAUACUGGGACUGCUAUGGUGGAAGAGGAGAGAUAUGUUACUAAGCUUAUUUAAUAAAGGCAAAGGGAAGAGUUCAACAAACGAGUAUGAUUCCCCUUACGUUUACCAGGACCCACACGGCAUUAAAUCCAUCAAAGAAAACCCGACGAAGAAUAAAAACGACAGCUCAGUACAUAUUUACAGUGAACCUUCAAAGACGUCUCCCAAACCAACUUACAAAGGCGACCAGUCGCCGGUUUUAAUGAGAAACAAUACAUUGUAUUCGGCUGGUACCGACGAACCAUUUUACAACACUGCGGAUGACCCUAAAUACUAUGCCGCAAAUUCCAAUGACUAUACUUACACACAACCUUCAGGUUUCAAAUCUGAUCCCAAAGAAAAUCAUUACUAUACAACGCCAGGGAAAGCAGACGAUGUGUAUUACAGUACCGUCGCAAAGGAGGUAGAUGACGCCAAUGAGCAAAACAGGCGCUGGAAUGGAGACACUCCUCAGAGCAACGUUCCACAAUAUGCAGACGUCAUUCCGCGGAGUAAGAGAGCGAGUGACCCAAAUGUUGCAGACGAUAUUGACGAUUAUUGUCUGGCACGAGAACCCAACCCUACCAACCAACAAGAACCUUAUUACUUUGUGCUUGAAAAUCCAGCGGAUACGACGCACUACCAAAACACCAAUUGAUAUUUUCUUUACACAAACUUCAUGGUGUUCUUCUGUCAGCUUUAACUAAAUAUUUAUCACUAAAUAUUUAUAAAAUUUUUGUAUAUGAAUGAUAAUCACGGUGAUAAUUGUUAUGUCAUAUACACCAUACAGUGUUGAUAUGUCACCAAGCCCCGAACACACCAUUUCCAGUCAUUUUAACUUCCAAACGCCGGCGUUUGUAUGCUGGAUUAAUCUCAUUCUUUGCAAAGAAUCAUCCAAUUGUUUUUUGUUUAUUUAUUACAACGUAGGCCUAUUUGUUUUUGUUUAUUUAUUACAACGUAGGCCUAUUUGUUCCACAUUUUAUGUUUGUUUUGCCUUCCUAAUUUUAUUUUAAUUUUGCUUUGCAUUGGACCUUUACUUGACAGUUGUAGAUUAAGACUUGAACCAUAAAGGUCAUCUGUGAUCAUAUAGCUACAUUGGACUACAAAUUAUACAGAUUGUGUGCACGUUAUAAUCGGCAGAGUAAACUUCAGUGAUACAGAAACACACGCCUAUAAUUCAUACGGGAUAUCUUUUGAAAUUUCUCUUACAGCUGCUCUGUUCAUGUUGUUUACUUGUGUACCAUGAUGCAACUGUAGUGUAAUUUUUUUCACUUUGUUAAGAACUAUUGGUUUUUA